CAAAGUCACCAGCGACGGAAGUACUUUACUGAUACACUUUCGUCCGUCACUGAAAUGUUACCCCCUGCAGCGUCCGUGCAGGUUGGUUGUAAAAAGCCUGAAGUUAUGAAGAUUAGGACAAAAGUGCCUCGAUAGAGACAUUCGCCGAGAGACAAUUAAUAGCAGUGUGACUGAGUCAGGACGUUGUAUUCACACAGGAUGGCUUCACCUCAUGACCGCAGCCGGAAAGAUGACGAGGAUGACCCUGUUGAACAGAUGAUAUCGCGCACUGGCUGCGCUGAGCUUCACUACGCCAUCCAGGAAUGCAUGGCUGAACAUCAGGACUGGCGAGCAUGUCAAAGCCAAGUUCAGACGUUCAAAGACUGCAUGAUGAAUUUCCAAAAGGCCCGAAAAGAACAGCUGAGGCAGCAUCAGCCGCCCUCCACCAAGUCUGCGGCCAGCUGAAUACAGAACAUCUUGCAAACACAUACAGUGCUGUGUUUGGGACUUGACUGACAACCUUAAAUUGCAAAGACUGUACCUAAUUUAAUCAUUAGAAUUGAAAAUAAAGCUCUAGCAGUAUCAUAAAAUCCCUACUUACAGUCUCAAGUGUGUGAUUUAGAGCCUGACUGAUAAUUGGGAUUUAAUAGGCAACAUGAAAUAUCACU